GUUAUGCAAGUGCAUGCUUUGAGUUUUAAUGGUUGAGAAGCCUCUGAAUUUAUCAACAUGGCUGCUUAUUCCAAUUCAAGAUCAAUGAGAUUUGAAGAUGAUAUUGAAUCCAAACCAAGAACAAUGUUCACUUUGUCGAAAUCUAACAAGGUGCACCCUGAGAAACAACAGCAGAGCUUGAAACAUAAGAUGUUAUCAAGAGUCUUCUCAGAGGAUUACUCGUCGGCAAAGCUAAAGAAGAAGAUAUUAGACCCCCGGGGAUCAAUAAUUCAUAGAUGGAACAAAAUAUUCCUCCUCGCAUGCAUCGUUUCGCUCUUUGUCGAUCCUUUAUUCUUCUACUUGACCGAAACUCAGAGCUCUGAUUGCAUAAAUAUUGAUACUCCACUUGAGGUGGUACUCACUAUCAUAAGGUCUUUAGCAGAUGUUUUCUAUGCAAUGCACAUCUUCAUCAAAUUCCGAACCGCCUAUGUCGCUCCGUCAUCCCGUGUUUUUGGUCGAGGAGAGCUCAUCAUUGACCCUUCCAAGAUCGCUUGUCGAUAUAUCAAUUCCAAGUCCUUCUGGCUUGAUCUCUUCGCCGCAUUACCACUCCCUCAGUUCAUGAUUUGGUUUGUGAUUCCGGGUUUGAAAGGUUCGAUGAUAAGAAACACGAAGAACAUUAUUCAGUUAAUCAUAAUUGUGCAAUACAUCCCGAAACUUUUUUUAAUCUUUCCACUUUCAUCACAAAUUGUGAAGAGCACCGGAGUUUUGCUUGAAACUGCAUGGGCAGGAGCAGUAUACAACCUGAUACUUUACAUGCUUGCAAGUCAUGUUCUUGGAGCUUGUUGGUAUUUGCUAGGAAUUGAUAGAAAAGAAGGGUGUUGGAGAGAAGCAUGCCAACUUCAAAGCUCAUUAUGUCAGUUUGAUUAUUUCGAUUGUCAGAGUAUAAGCGAUACACGAAAUACAUGGUACCAAUCGAGUAAUUUGUCGGAUAUGUGCAGUCCAAACAGUUCUUUCUAUGAUUUUGGAAUUUAUGGUGAAGCUCUCAGCUCUAGAAUUACAUCCUUGAGCUUCUUUCACAAGUACUUUUAUUGCUUAUGGUGGGGUUUGAAGAAUCUAAGUUCUUUGGGACAGAAUCUAUCAACUAGUACUCACAUUGAUGAGAUUAUCUUUGCAAUAAUUAUUGCAAUUCUUGGCCUAGUGCUAUUUGGACUUCUCAUUGGUAACAUGCAAUCAUAUUUGCAAUCUACCACAGUAAGAAUAGAAGAAUGGAGGAUCAAGAAAACAGACACUGAGCAGUGGAUGAGGCAUCGGCAGCUACCACCUGAUCUCCGGCAGUAUGUUCGCAGAUACGAGCAAUACCGAUGGUUAGCUACUCGAGGAGUUGAUGAAGAAGCACUCCUCAACAGCCUUCCAAUGGAUCUCCGGCGAGAUAUCAAACGUCAUCUUUGUCUUGACCUUGUGCGUCGGGUGCCGUUAUUUGACCAAAUGGAUGAGAGAAUGCUCGAAGCAAUAUGCGAGCGGUUGAGACCGGCAUUAUACACAGACGGCACAUAUGUAGUGCGAGAGCUCGACCCAGUGAACGAGAUGAUAUUCAUAAUCAGAGGCCACUUAGACUCCACCACAACCGACGGCGGCCGAACUGGUUUCUUCAACUCUUGCCGCAUUGGUCCCGGGGACUUUUGCGGCGAGGAGUUAUUAACAUGGGCUCUUGAUCCUCGACCUUCCGCUUGUCUUCCUUCUUCCACUAGAACUGUCCGUGCAAUCUCCGAGGUCGAGGCUUUCGCUCUUGUAUCGAGUGAUCUCAAGUUUGUUGCUUCACAAUUCCGCCGUCUUCAUAGCAAACAACUAAGACAAAAAUUCAGAUUUUACUCGCACCAUUGGCGAACAUGGGCAGCAUGUUUUAUUCAAGCAGCAUGGAGGAGACACAAGAGAAGGAGAUCAUUAAAAGAGCUUAGUGAGGCAGAAGGAAUCAUUGAAUUAAUGGAGUUUGAGGUAACAGAGUCAGAGACUAAUGUACCAAAUCCAGGACCAGAAGCCUUUGUUGCAAGACUUGUGGCAAGCUCAAGGAGAGGAACAACAGCUGAAGAUGUUGUUGUUGGCAUGGUCAAACCAUUGAAGAAGCCAACAGAACCAGACUUCAGUGUAGAUGAAGACAUUUGAAUUCAUAAUUAAUAUUUCUUAAUCAAUCUUGAAUACAUUGUCUUGUAUGAUAACAUGAACAACAAGUAAGUUCCACUGCUCUGGUUUAUUGUAAGACUCUGUCAUGUGUAGUCAUGAUACAUUCAAUAUCAAGCUUCUCUUCAAAUUAUUUAUUUA